AUGGCCUGCCUUUUGCUGCCGGCCACACUGCUGGGUCUGCUGUGCACUGGCUCAGGCACCUUCGACCACGAGGGCUUCCCGCCGCGGGCUCCCCGCGACUGCCCGGGCCGGUGUGUGUGCACCGCGGACGUGCUGAGCUGUGCCGGCCUGGGGCUGCAGAGCGUGCCGGCUGAGCUCCCCGCCACGUCCGCCGACCUCGACCUGAGCCACAACGCGCUCCGGCGCUUGCGCCCAGGCUGGCUGGCGCCCCUCGGCCGGCUGCACACGCUGCGCCUAAGUCACAACGAGCUGGGCGUGCUGGGUCGGGGUGUCUUCAGUAACGCCAGCGGCCUGCGGCUGCUUGACCUCUCCUCAAAUGCUCUGCGAGCGCUCGGCCGCCACGACCUCGACGGGCUGCGGGCGCUGGAGAAGCUGUUCCUGUUCAACAACCGCCUGGCCCACUUGGACCAGCACGCCUUUCACAGCCUGGGUGCACUCAGCCAGCUCUACCUGGGCUACAACAAGCUCACCUCCUUCUCUUUUGGUCACCUGCACGGUUUGGGCACUGUCCACCUACGCACCUUGGACCUCUCCUCCAACCAACUGGGGCACAUCCCUGUGCCUGAGCUGGCCUCGCUCCCAGCCUUUCUCAAGAACGGCCUCUACUUGCACAACAACCCCUUGCCCUGCGACUGCCGCCUCUACCACCUGCUGCAGCGCUGGCACCAGCGGGGAUUCAGCGCUGUGCGCAAUUUCGAGCGGGAGUACAUGUGUCUGGCCUUCAGGGUGCCCUCUUCCCGUGUGCACUUCUUCGAGCACAGCCGUGUCUUCGAGAACUGCUCAGCGGCCACCACACACGACCUGGAACAGUCUGAAGGGCAGCUGGAGGUGCAGAUGGGCCAGUCCCUACAGCUGCACUGCAACACCAGCGCCCCAGCCCUGCACGUCGCCUGGGUGUCCCCACAGCACGAGCUGCUCCUGGCGCCAGGGUCCCAGGACGGGAGCAUUGUGGUGCUGGCGGAUGGCAGCCUGGCCAUCGGUAGUGUGCAGGCCUCGCACGAGGGCAUCUUCGUGUGCCUGGCCACUGGGCCCCACCUGCACAACCAGACGCACGAGUACAAUGUGAGUGUGCACCGACCUCACCCUGAGCCUGAGGUCUUCAGGACCAGCUACACCACACUGCUGGGCUGCGCUGUGGGCCUGGUGUUGGUCCUGCUCUACCUGUUCCUACCACCCUGCCGGGGCUGCUGUCGCUGCCGCCGCUGGCCCAGAACACCCAGCCCUCUCCAGGAACUGAGCGCCCAAUCCUCAGUGCUCAGCACCACACCUCCAGAUGCACCCAGUCGAAAGGCCAGCACCCACAAACACGUGGUCUUUCUGGAGCCAGGCAGGAGGGGCCUCAAUGGUCGCGUGCAGCUGGCCAUAGCUGAAGACUUUGAUCUUUGCAACCCUGGAGGCCUGCCGCUCAAGGUCAGCUCAGAGUCAGCCAGUUCUAUGGGCUCUGAGGGUCCCGUGAUGACAUAG